UGCUCCGCCGUCAUCUCGCCACGUACAACUCACUGCAACCUAACUUGCUAGUCCAUUUUUGAGGGACAGCUGGAUUGACCAAUGAGGUUAACGCUACCACUCACUCACACAACCUACCCUGCUGACUAGCUCACACAGCUAGCCGCCGACACAACUCCAGCUGAGAGGAAGCAGAGCAGAUGAGCUCCAGGAUCCAUAAUAAAAUGUGUUGGAGCAGGGCCCUUCUCACCGGCUGGAUUCCUCUGUUGCUGGUCCAGAUGUUGUGUUUAGAGGCAGUGCCCAUCAGUAUGGAUAAGACAAAAGUCCUCCGAGAGCCAGAGAUAAAAGCCGAAGAGGCUCCAGCUAGUGUGGACACAGGACUCCACUACGACCGCUACCUCAGGGAAGUCAUUGAUUUUCUAGAGAAAGAUCAGCAUUUCAGAGAAAAGCUCCACAAUACAGACAUGGAAGACAUCAAGCAAGGUAAGCUGGCCAAAGAGCUGGACUUUGUCAGCCAUCAUGUCAGAACAAAGCUGGACGAGUUGAAGAGGCAGGAGGUGAACAGACUCCGAACUCUGAUUAAGGCCAAGCAAGACCUUGAAGGAGGGAACGACAUCGCAGUGGACCACCAGGCUCUGCUCAAACAGUUUGAGUACCUGAACCACAUGAACCCACAUACAUUUGAAGUGGAUGACCUGGAUCGGCUCAUCAGAUCGGCCACUAAAGAUCUGGAGAACUACGACAAAGAGAGACACGAGGAGUUCAAGAAGUAUGAGAUGACGAAAGAGCACGACAGAAAGGAACACCUGAAAACGCUGGAUGACGACGAAAGGAAAAAAGAGGAGGAGCACUAUGAGGAGAUGAAGAAGAAGCACGCUGACCACCCUAAAGUCAACCACCCGGGUAGCCAGAAUCAACUGAAGGAGGUGUGGGAGGAAGCUGAUGGCUUGGACCCUGAAGAUUUUGACCCCAAGACUUUUUUCAACCUGCACGAUACCAACGGAGAUGGCUAUUUUGAUGAACAGGAACUGGAGGCAUUGUUCACUAAAGAGCUGGAAAAAAUCUAUGACCCCACCAAUGAAGAGGAUGAUAUGGUGGAGAUGGAGGAAGAGAGGCUGCGUAUGAGAGAGCAUGUUAUGAACGAGGUGGAUUCUAACAAAGACAGACUGGUCUCGUUAGAGGAGUUCCUGGUUGCUACAAAGAAAAAGGAAUUCUUGGAGCCCGAUAGCUGGGAGACCCUGGAGCAGAACCAGGCUUACACAGACGAGGAGAUGAAGGAGUUUGAGGAGCAUCUUACUCAGCAGGAACAGGACCUCAACCAGAAGUCUGUUGACCUCCAGCAACAGAGAGAGGAGCUGGAGAGACAGCAGGAGCAGCUGAAUGCACAGAAAGUAGAGCUGCAACAGGCAGUCGAGCACAUGGAACGGCUGAAAUCACAGAAAGUAGAACCCCCUCCAGAGGUUCACGUUGAAGGAAAUGCCAUCCCAGAGAUGCACGAAGUCGACCUCCAGCUGCAUCCUGAACAUGAGGCCCAACAGCAAGGGCAUCAUCUUGCACCCCAAGAUCCUCAAUAUACACCUCAGGAACACCAUGAACAACAUCAAGACCUGGCCCAGCAUGGUCUGCCCCAGACACACCACGAUCUGCCACCAGGCCACCAAGAAGCUGCACAGGGCCAGCAGCUUAACCUGCCAUAACAAUGCUGUCAGAACUUGAACCUCCACAAACCAGACUUUUCGCAGCACCUCCACUCCAGCGUGCAGAGGAGCAGUUCCUCCUGCGUAUUAGGGCCUCUUUAACCAGCAUGACUUAGGGGUUUGGAGGGCACUUGAGAUGAAGGAGAGCAGAACGAAAGGAAUCCCUGCUGAAUGACACCGGUGUUUGAUAACUGUAAUCCUUGGAUAACAUAACAGAAUUACAAUAGUAAAAAUGACCAACCAUGGACGUGCAUAAUUACAUUUUCAAGGAGUGUUUGAUUACAGAAAUUAUCCAGAAUGUUUGGUAAUACAAUUAUACAAAAAUAUAAUAUUUGUGAGCCUUCUUUACCCGAUGUUUGUCGUACAGAACCUCUAACAAUGCUACUGGCUCUACAACCUGAUAUGUCUGAGCUAAGAGCUGGUUGGAUAUGUACAGUGCAGCGGUUGAGGGGGAUAAGGUGUAAAAAGUCAUUUGAAUUUUGAGUUAGAUUUUCUGACUUGACUAUCAAGAUACCCCCAAACACUUUAAAAAAAAAAAAGAGUUUACAUGUGUGACUUAUGGUGAAAUGUGUUUCACUGGACUACAUCAAACAUUUUAGAAAUUGAGUGCAAGAGACAUUUUUAAGAUUUUCUAUUACAGCAUUAAGAGCCUGAAAGACAAAAAGGCACUAUAGCAAUUUUACCCAAUGUGCAUCAUUUUGACACCCUAAUCAGAACUAUUUCACCUAAAAAGUAAAAUUAAGGACUUUUUGAUGCAAACACGUAUAGUAUUAUGUAAUCAUAACCCACAAGGGUCUGGUCCGAUCUGUCGAAAACAUUUUAUUUCCAUCAUCUCUAGCCGCGACUGUCACAAAAUAUUCCAGUCUUUUAACCAGAAACGCCCUCAUGAAGCCAGACUGUUCACUUUUCAAGACUUACCAAUACUUUUGCUACUUUCUUAAUGUUUCAUAUGUUUCAUCAGAUGUUUACCGACCUUGAAACACAUCUGAUUUUUCUCAACUAUAAAGACAUCGGGCACAGGUCUACAGAAACACUGCAGCUGCUCUCCGCUGACUUAAAUGUCAACAUAGAUAAAGGUGCUAGGUUCUUUAAAUAAAGAUAGGUGUGGAACAUCCCUCCAUUCAACAACUAUUUCCCCUCCGUCAUUACAGCCCAAAGUCCUGCAGAUGCUUACAUGAUGGGAGCUUUAGGUUACUUACCUCUGAAAUAAUCCAUUUGCUUUCAAAAGUAUGAUGGGCAUUUCGAUUUUGGUCUAUUGUUCAUACAUAAAAAGUGUAUGUGACAUGUUUAUAUAUAUAUAUGAGUUGGUCAUGGUUUUUACUUUGUGUUAAUAUAACAAGUUUCGCUGGUUUAAGGUGUAGACUUUUACUCCGGUGUCUUUCUUCACAAUUUUCUGCGUCAAAGUAUUUUGCUGGAUUUAAUAAACUAGUUCAGUUAAUUUAAAGAUUUUAUCAGAAAAAAGGGCAACGCUGAGUCUGAUGAUACCGCUGUCUUUUAAUUACCUGAUUAAUAUUGUCUGUUAAAGUCAAAGUGUGACAUCGUGAAAACCUCUGAAUUUGCUUUCAGUCUACGUUGUUGUAUUUGGCACCAGAUGUGUAUUACUUGGUUUUAAUUUGAAAGACUCGGCAUGGCAUAUUUCCCCACAUAUGACCAGUUUGGUGUAAUUGCUGUUCUAUCCAGGUUGCUUUUUUCAUGUAAUGUGGUUUCUUCUAGCUGUUAGACUGUGACCAUGGCAAUCGGCUGUUUACCUAUUGCCACUUUUUACUGAAGAAAGCUUCAUUUGCAUCCAGUGAGAUAACAGGUCUGACAUAUUGUGGUUUUACUUUAUACAAAAUUUAGAUAUGGAAUAUGUUUCAUUUUUUUGUGGUGUCAUUUGUUUUCUGUGUGCCAAGUGUUCCUUUGAGACAAUACUGCAUCAUAAUUUGCACAAAAUGUACAGAUUGCGUUUUUCCGAUCGCUUGCUGCUGGAUAAAAUACAGUCAUUUGACAACCUCAGUUCAAGAUAAUAAAACAGUUAUUAUGACCUUUCA